ACCAAUCAUCGGGGCCCUUCGGUGAACACAUUCACCGGCGCCUCUUACAAGUUUGCCUCAAAUACACUUAAAUUUUUGGUCGGAUACAUGAAUUGUGGAUGAGUAUUUUACGUAAUAGCUCGACACUGUUCCUCAAAACUGUGGGAUGUUUGUAACCUCAGGAGUUUGAACUGAUUCAAAUGGAUUAUAUAUUCAAAAAGGGAAAAGUGACUAAACUGCAGCAGGAUAUCCUGCUGUGAAAGUCGUCAUAAGUUGGUGAUAUUCAUUCAACUUUGAAAUCCAACCAUAAAGGGAUGGACUCACUUAUCAGUUCUUAUGUCGAUUUACUCCAAAUCCUUCCUUUGGAGAUGCAAUCUAAAAUUACUGGAUACUUACAAACAGACCUGCAACAUCGUCAUCUUUUAACGCUUGCGAAGCAAUCUCUGAAUGAUCUACAGAAAGCUACAGAUACCGAUGCUAAACAAAAUCAUCUGAGUCGGAUUAUUUGUCUUUUGGCUGCUAUCCAAAAUAUAUGUGAUCGUAGAAUCAAUGAUCUGGAUGAAUUAGAUGAAGUGAUUGAAACACACUCACUCAGACUGAUGAAUGCGGAAAUGAAAGUGGAUACGAUUGGUCCACAAAUUAUUGCUUCAAACACAGAAGAUGUCCUGGAAAGUGAAGCUGAUAUCAGCGACCAGGAAACUUCCGAUCACCAGUGUAAUAUGAAUCCAUCACGACGUAAUUUCAUUCAAGAACCGACUUCCGAUAAGUGUUCCCCGAAUUCUUUAUCAAACGCACGAUGUAAUGACAUAAAUUUACGAGGAAAGGGGCGUUUUCCACUACGUGCUGUUAGCACAAACAGUCGAACGGCUUCACGACGGUCAUUGAAUAAAUGGGUUUCUGGUGUGCAUCGUUUCAAACCUGUCAACUCAGUUGUCAAUUCAAACGCCAACUUGUUAAAGUCACACAAUAACUCCAAUCAUAAAUCAACAAACAGAACACCCAUAGAUCUUAAGCAGCAUAAGGUAGGUGUGACCUAUGGACGUUAUCCUAGGACCCAGCAACAGAGAUUCAAAAGUCGUGUAUUAUCAAGACCACUUCAUUCAAAUCGCACCAGACCUCCCCAAUAUCUAGAGUAUGCUAUGCUCAGACACGGAUCUCGUAAGAGAAAGGUUGCAGUUUCAAAAUGUACUCAUUCAGACACCCCACACAGCUGUAAUGAAGCAAGAUAUAUGGGUGCUGUAAGACGUCGCUGUGAACAUGACCAUCCUAGUUUUUAUCCCAAUAAUAGUUGUUUUAACUCACCGGUCAAGUCUGUGAGUGAGCUGAAUAAUGAAGAAGGUAAAGUAGAAGAAAGAGAUGCAUACACUCUACUUAGUUUAAAAAGCCCUAGGAGGUUAGGAGAAAGGUCUUCUGACUGGAAUAACAAUUACAGUGAAAACGAAAACUCAGAAGAUGGAGAUGAAAUCGGUCAUAGUGCAUAUGGUGUUGAUAGCGAUCAAAAUUGUUCUCAAGAACAGCAAAACAUUAGAACACCUGCUAAUCAGCUGUCAAUUGUGCAGAAUGGUGAUACAGGUCGCCAAAAGAUGUAUCGACUUCGAAGAGGUCUGAAUAACACUACACAAUCUAGCCACUCACACCGAGCGAAUUCUAUUGCUCCGUCUUUAUCACCGGAGCAUUCUAUCAACCGUGGUUCUUUAUCAUCUCAAAAUCAUCCUCAAGGCAACACUAGACGAGGUUGUAGGGCUAAUAACGUUGCACGACAUAAGAUGGACUCUCAAAUGAAUACACGCUCUCCACCAGGCAGUCCAUUCAGAUAUAGUACGCAUACUGAUGAUGUGAAUCUAUUUCGACACAAAAUAAAUUCAGUAAGUACUCCUAAUCGUAGUAUAAGUGAAGCAAGUGCUAGUCCUGAUGAACGUUUGUAUUGUAUCUGCAAAAAGGUGUCGUUUGGUGAUAUGAUAGCUUGUGACAACAAGUUUUGUGAGGUUGAAUGGUUCCACUUUUCAUGUGUAGAUGUUCGAGUGCAACCUAAGGGUAAAUGGUACUGUCCCUACUGUCGAGGAGAAUCUUCAAGGAUAAAACGAACUGAUGUUUGAUAAGCUUUUGUGGAUAAACAUUCUUCAUAUAUUGUCCAAAAGUGUACAUUUCAAAAAUUCAUGUUUGGACUUGUAUUGUGCUUUUAUUAUUAUUUCUUUAAACACGUCUAUGAAUCAGGCUUCGCCAAACCUUCUAUAACUUUUCUUGUUUCCAGUAACUUGGAACGAGCCUUUUGAUAUGCUUCUAGAUUGUGAAUUCAAACAUAUACAUAUACACAACUUACUUAUUACAGUUGAAACAUCCAUAUGUGCAAGCGCUAUCCUAUAAAAUGGAAAUUCAUUAUGAAUAUCUCAAACACAACAUACCGCUUUCGCUUUUCAUCUCCGAUGGUUGGACAUUGGCUCAUAACUUUGUACAAAUUUGACCUGAAAGUUUAUAAAAGUACCAUUUCACUUUUUUAAUGAUGAAAACUUCGUAACUUUUUUCUUAAUAUGUAUAAAUGUUUUACAACGCAUAUUUUGAUUAAAUUAUAAAGUACUAAUUGUCUCUUCUCUGGUAAAUUGCUGUCUUUCACAGUUUUUAAUGUAUUGUGGCUAGAUUAUAAGCUGUCAAUUGUUCUACGUAAAUCAUAAUUCUGUAUACGACUGUUGGAAGUACACAGUACUACGAGUUUCUUUUUUUUUAAGAAGAAACGGUGCAGUAUGUUUUUAA